AUGGUCCCAGCCCUGUCGUUAACCAGAAAUUCCGAGAUCCGCGCAAUGUCGUCUUGGGCCAAAGAGAUCAUAGGGAGGCUCUUCCCGGCUAAAGGACGAAGUCGAGCCGCGAGCGAUACAACCGCGAGCAAGAUCAAGCAGCAUGUUUCCGGCAAUGGCGAGAGACAGCGCACACGAAGACGCAGCUCUCUGUCGACCGCAACGGCGCUCCUGCAAGACCACUCGCAAAGCAAAGCGAACGAGACCACGACCAGUGCCAGCACGCAUCGUCGCAUUCACAGCCAGCCAGCGCCAAAAAUCGCAAGACUGUGUCAUGUCCGCUCGCAAACGCAAGUCAACCCAACAGCAAAGCUGCCAGAUCAUGUCAUGCUUCCUCCGCGUCAAGACGAUGAAGGUGAAGAAUUCGAGGAGUCGGACACUGACGAGGUGCAACAAGCGACUCGGGAUGCGCUGCAGCAGACAGAAGAUCCUAUCUUACCAGAGCACGAUCCGACGAUUGAGUGGGAGCCGCCGACCUGGGAGGACCUCUGGAGGGACACGAGCAGGAGCAUCAGAUCGCAUUCCAAUACUCAGUUGUCGGCAGUUCUGCGCACGCCCAGAAAAGCAGCAAAUCACAGUGGAUCCGCAAACAGAAGCAGCAGGCGCGAUCGUUCUGUAAGUCGCAAGUCCAGCUUUGAGAAUUUGCGCAGCUCCAUACGGCCGAAGAGGGAGUCGUCUAAUUCUGGUCACGGCGCAAUAUUGAGGAGCCCGGACGUCCCUUCUCGUCAGCAGAAUGUGACAAAGGCCAGCCUCGACAAGAAGCUGCCUGGGAUUCCUCACCAUGCGCCUCCCGGACAGCUCCCGAGAAGCUACUUGGAAGAGAAUGCUGCUCGUAAUGCUAGAAUCAUCAAAUCGCUGCAAGACGAUGGCAUUCUCAACCUGAAGGACAGCGAAGAAACUCACACCGCGGUGAUCUGGUCUCCGGCGGUCACGCAUGAGAAGCAUGUCGUCCAGCCCAUCGAGAUUGUCCAGCGUGCAGUAUCCCGAGACGUGCACAAUCAUCACCACGUGCACCGCGUGUUGCCGGUGAUCGAUCUCGAAGUGCUUCCAGCACGUCACUUCGUCCCGGAUGGGCGUGGAGGAUAUCUCGAGAUCACGGAAGAGGAAAUACCAGGUGGGAAGCCUUCUGGGCUCGAUAAUCUGAUCACUGAAGCUGUAUCAAAGGCCAGCCCGCGACAGGGUGCAGUGGUUCCCAAUGUUGCGAGCCCAACCCGCAGGGAUGGAAGCAGCUCCAAUGGCACAACGGUCGUGAACCAAAUGCAUCGACCUUGGCUGCACUCUUCAGGCGUUGCCUCAUCCACUACACAGUCGCAGCCCUUUCCACAAUACCACGAGGCAUGGCCCAUGGAAAGAAGGGCCACGCCUUCGCACGCCUCAAAGGACGCACCGCACGCCGUCAGUCUAGACCGAAACGAAAGCCACAACGUCGCCGGAACUCCCAUGUCUCAUCAGCAUUUCCGAUAUCUUACCCCCAAUGGCUUGCCAUCUUGGACAGCGAUCAACAGUUCCCCGGAGUCGCAGAUCAAGCCCUCUCCAGCUCCGGCUCCGCGUCAAAACGUGGCUGCUGCAUCUGCAUCCGAGAAAGGGAACCGCAAUGCACCUGCACAACAGCCGAUCCACACAAUUCUUCCGCUUUAUGUGGCGUAUGGGGGCUCGAACGUGGUUCCGUGA